AUGGUGACAGUUCGCAAUGAUACUCAAACUCCGCUCGAUGAAACAUUCGAUGCGUUUGCGAGGGAACUACUCGAAGAAUGGCACGUUCCAGGGGUGUCAGUCGCAGUCAUAGAUGGUGAUCAAAUUUUUGCCAAGGGAUAUGGCAUUGCAUCUUUUCCGAGCGAACCAGUCACGCCAGAAACACUUUUCUUUACUGCCAGCACAACAAAAUCAUUCACAUCGGCAGCGAUAUCACUACUCAUCGACGACGAUACAAACGCACGUGCUACGACAGGUCAAUCCAGCCCAGCUUCCCAGAACGAGCCGCUCACCUGGAAAACUCGCAUAGCCUCCCUUAUUCCAGAAGACUUUGUGCUACCCGAUUUGUAUGCGACAGCUCACGCAACGAUAGAAGACGCAUUAUGCCACCGUACUGGGCUGCCAGACCAUGAAAACAGCUUCGGGCCCAAGACCACAAACGUCGCUGGAAUGGUGCGAAACAUGCGGCAUCUCCCGAUGACGUCUGAGCUGCGAGAAGAGUUCAUGUACAAUAACAUGAUUUACUCGACGAUUUCACAUGUUCUAGAGACGAGGACAGGCCAAAAUAUGGGCUGCUUCCUCAAAGAUCGGAUAUGGGAUCCGCUGGGGAUGUCAAAGACUUAUUGGACUCUGGACGAUGCACUUGCUGCUGAAAAGAGAGGAGAUGCAAAGCUUGCAAGGGGUUAUGCAUGGGAUGCAGCAGCUGAACAAUUUGUGGAUGAGGAAUUACCUGACUUCCCCGCUGUAUCCGGGUCGGGAGCAAUCAUCAGCAACGUCCUCGACUACGCAAAGUGGCUGAGAUGCAUGAUGACUCGCUCUGCGCCGCUCAGCGCGGCCGGACAUGCGUCUGUAGUGACACCUCGCAUGGUUAUUCCGAUUCCCGGGAACAACCCGUUUAAAGCACCAAAUUUGUACGCUCUGGGCUGGUUUGUGGACACGUAUAGGGGAGAGAGGAUUAUUUGGCACUCGGGGGGGUGGACGGGAUUUGGAUCCGUGAUGGCGUUUUUGCCAGAGAGGCAGUGGGGGUUUGUGAUGAUGGGGAAUACGUCGAAGGCGAGUAAUUAUGUGCAGAUGGUGCUUUAUUUCAGGUUAUUGGAUCAGCUGCUGGGAACACCGCUGGAUGAACGGGUCGAUUGGAACGCUAGGUGGAAAAAGGUGGUGGCUGAACGACGUGAAGCCUUCGCAAAGGCCAGAGAGCGACUGUAUCCAUCUGUCCCUGUUAAACUGACGCCUCCAUCCUUGCCGCUGGACAAAUAUGCCGGGUCCUAUUCGCAUCCGGGUUAUGGAGCCAUGAACUUCGUUGCUGACGGAGAGCGCCUAAUUGCAGACAGGACUGACCAAGAAAUUGCCAUGGAAGUCAAGCUGAAGCAUGUUUCUGGGGAAUUCUGGAUGGCUUACUUACACGUAAAGCACAGAGAUGACAGAGAUGUACAAGUUGUAAGGGCUGAAUUUUACGUCUCCGUGGACGGCACGGCAGGCAAGUUUGAUAACUAA